AUGUCGCAGUCGCUGUCGCGCGUGCUGAAGGUCUCCCUCUGUACCACACUCUGCCUGGUGCUGCUGGUUUUCCACGUGCCCGGUGUUAUUCCGUCGCCGCUGGACUCGUACGAUCGCUUUACCGGUCAUACGCAGAGAGGCGCGGAGGCGGAGGCCACGGAUCAGUAUGGCAAACGGGGCGCUGUCGCGAGCGAGAGCGCGAUCUGUAGCCGGCAUGGCACGGAUGUUAUUUUGAUGGGUGGGAAUGCGGCUGAUGCUAUGGUCGCGACUAUGCUUUGUGUUGGGGUUGUCGGGAUGUACCACAGUGGCAUUGGCGGCGGCGGCUUUAUGCUGGUUAAGGCCCCCGACGGCACAUUCGAGUAUAUUGACUUCCGGGAGACCGCUCCGGCCGCGGCGUAUGAGACCAUGUUCAAUAACCUGACCGAUGCCUCCACGCUCGGCGGGUUGGCGAGCGGCGUACCCGGUGAGCUGCGCGGCCUGGAACUCCUCCACAGCAAAUAUGGCUCCCUCCCCUGGUCCACCCUGGUCCAGCCCGCCAUCAACACCGCGCGCAACGGUUUCCCAGUCGGCAGGGACUUGGUCCGAUACAUGGAGUCCGCGGUCGGCUCCGGCGACGACUUCCUCGUCAACGACCCCUCGUUCGCCAUUGACUUUGCGCCGAACGGCACGCGCGUUAAACUGGGCGAUACCAUCACUCGCAAGCGCUAUGCCAACACGCUAGAGACAAUUGCAGCUGAGGGACCCGAUGCGUUUUACUCGGGCUCGAUCGCGGAGUACACGAUUAAGGCGCUUCAGGCUGCUAAUGGAACUAUGACGCUGGAGGAUCUUCGCAACUACACGGCUGUUGUGCGUGAUCACGCGCAGAUCAAUUACCGAGGGCUCCAGGUGACAAGCACGACUACGCCGUCGAGUGGGAGUGUUGCUAUGAAUAUACUCAAGGUCUUGGAUACGUACGAGCCGCUGUUUACGGCGCAGAAUGUCAAUUUGAGUACGCAUCGAUUGGAUGAGGCGAUGCGUUUUGCCUACGGCUUGAGAACCGCCCUCGGAGACCCAGGCUUUGUUGAUGGCAUGAGCAAGUACGAACGGGACAUGAUUAACCAGGACACUGCCGAUGACAUUCAUUCGAGGAUCUCGGACCUCCGGACACAGAAUGUGUCUGCGUAUGACCCGGCUGGUAUUGAGAGCUUGGAAACGCCAGGAACAUCGCACAUCGCCACAAUCGACCGCUCCGGCCUCGCCGUCUCAGCGAUCACGACAAUCAACCUCCUCUUCGGCAGCAGAAUCGUUGUCCCCGAAACGGGCGUCAUCAUGAACAACGAGAUGGACGACUUCUCCAUCCCCGGCUCCUCCAACUCCUUCGGCUACAUCCCCUCCGAAGCAAACUACAUCCGACCCGGCAAACGCCCCCUCUCCUCCUGCACACCGGCAAUAGUAACCUACCCCAACGGAACAACCUUCUUCAUCGCGGGCUCCGCGGGCGGAAGCCGCAUCAUCACAGCUACCGUGCAGAACAUCAUCCACGCGGUUGACGAGGGCCUAAGUGCCGCCGAGGCAUUGGCCAGACCUCGUCUGCACGAUCAGUUGAUUCCCAACCAGGCGACGUUCGAGUACGCGUACGAUAACUCCACUGUCGCGUUUAUGAAGGCCCGCGGGCAUAAUGUUACCUGGACCGCACCGGGGGGAAGUACGGCGCAGGCGAUUCGUGUGUUGAAAAAUGGGACGUUUGAUGCGGCGGGGGAGCCGAGACAGUUGGAUUCGGCGGGCUUUGCGGUUUAA